AUGUCUGGUGAGUUAGGUCAGCCUCAGGCCGGCCCCUCACAUGCUGGGCUAGAUUUUCCGAAUCCUGACAGAAAUCGGGCUGGGGUCCCGGGAGGCGUGAUCCGAAGGGUCGGAAGUCAGGGGCGCAGGUCCUGGAUCCAGAAGGUUCUUGAGCAGAUAACCGACUCCCCCCUGCAGUGGGUCACCCCGUCGGAGGUGGUACCUGUCGCUGUGCUGGCCGUCCAGAGGUACCUGUUAGAGGAUGAGCCACGCGACACCAUACCCAAACCUCCCCUUUACUGCUAUGAUGUGACGAUUUCGGACGGGGUGUACCAGGAGAAGUGCUACCUGGACCCCAGCCUGAACUUUCUCGUAUACAAAAAUAUCCUCAAGGUGGGCAUAGAAAUGAAAAUUUCCAGGGUCUCGUGUCUUUACAACGAGAAAAGGUUAGGCCAGGGGAUUCUGUGCAUAGAUAACGUCCACUGUGGGGAGGCCUUAGAGGCUAUUUCUUUAGAAACUCCAUUCAGAAAUAGUGCGCACGAGGAGGUACCGGAGAGGCCUUUAAGAGGCGGGAAGAGUCAUUACCUGGCCCUGUGGAAUAACGAAGAUCCGUAUGGAGAUAUUUGGCUAACCAACAAGCAACCCGAGGAACACAAUUUCAACAAUACCAAAAUAAUUUCCCUUUCUCACCUUGAAAUGACCUGGGCUAACAGAAGGAAUUUUCCUGCAUUGCUUGUGAGAAUCUUGCAUAAAUCAAAACUGCGAUACUAUGGAAAACCUGAUAAAAAGAUGAUUGAGCCAUACCAGACAUUUUUGGAAGUUGCUGACAGUUCAGGCACGGUGUCAGUGAUUAUGUGGAAUGCCCUGUGUCCUGAGUGGUAUAAAAGUUUGAGGGUUGGUUUAGUCCUUCUGCUUCAGGAUUAUUCUGUUAAAAAGAGUUAUCCAUUCAGGAUGCAGCCUCUCCCUGUGGAUCCGCAGAUCAAACUAAUUUCUACAAUGGAAAUCUGCCUGAAUCUUCGAGAUCCUCCAACUAACAUAAUUAUCAUUCCAGAGAAGCAGGUGAAACCUGAAUGGAGAUUGCCAAAAUUAAAUCACCGCUUUAUCACAAGGUCAGAACUGGAUGAUAUGCCAGAAAAUCAUAUCUGUGAUGUUAUUGGCAUUUUAGUUUUUGUAGGAAGGGUCCAGCGGUCAAAAAAGAAAGAAAACCGUGAAGAUUUUUGGUCGUAUCGCUGGAUUCACAUUGCUGAUGGCACUUCAGAACAACCAUUUAUAGUAGAGCUGUUUUCUACAUCUCAGCCAGAAAUCUUUGAAAAUAUUUACCCAAUGACAUAUUUCGUGUGUACACAGUUGAAAGUUGUCAGGAAUGAUGCUCAAGUACCUAAACUGCUUUACCUGACCACUACAAAUGAGAGUCGAGUGUUUAUUACUGGUCAUAGAGGCCAGCCAUAUACCAACGACACCAAGGUAAAAAACUUUAUUCAUUGGAUUAAAACAAGGACCGAUUCUGAGGAAGUGAAGAACACUGUUAUUGGUGGAUAUUACCCCUAUCCACCAGUGCCAGAGACAUUUUCGAAGUAUAGUAGUUCUGUCAAAGUUGAGUCGCUCUUGACAGCUAUAAGUGAAGUGAGGAAGGAGAUUGAAGACUUGCAGUAUAGGGAACAAAAGCGCAUUGCCAUUCAGGGGAUAAUUACUGUUAUAAAGUAUAUCCCCCAUGCCAGUGCAACUGAAAAUGCCUCAACAUCAGAAACACUUCGGAACGCUAACCAACCCUCAACAUCCCAAGCAGCUAGAAGAGAAAAUCAAAGUCAGGAAAGAGAUAAUAACAAACGGCAUCAAGAUGAUGAUCCUGUGAGCUCUCAGUGUUUUCAAACUACCUAUACAAGUUUGAGCCCUACCAAGAAGAAAAGAAUUCUGCAAGGGCCAUAUGCCAAACUAAUUCCUGUACCUCAACCAGAAACUUCUGCACAGACAAAAGGAAAUAAACCAGACAUGUCAAGCAUUUUCCAACGUCGAGAAAGCACAAGCACUAGUACCAUAGGGAAAGCCAGAAAAACUAUAAGCGAUAGGUGGGAAAGCCAGCUAUGGAGAGAGAAAAAGUUUGGCUUAAUAGAUCACCUGCAUUACAGCCAUGUUUAUCCUGAAAGUAUCCCACGGAAGUUUAUUUUUGAGCAGAGAAAGUUUCUUACUGAGCAGUUUAAUUCUCAGCCUGCAAAAUACAUACCACCGGAGGGAAGGCCCCCAAAACUUGAUGACUUUAAGAGCGCCCGAAGCCUUGGGCAUUUUGAAGUGACCAUCCUAGGUCUGAACCAUGAGAUCGCAAUUGAUGUUGCAUUCCUGCCCAUGUAUUGUCCAGAAGAUCUCCGAACAUCUCAAAUCGACACAUUAUUGACCUGCAUGAAUUACAGCUGUGUCUAUCCGCAGGAUGGAGCUGGCAAUGACAGAUUGCCAGGUCCAAGAGCACUUGCAGGUGAUAUUAUAAAAGCUGCAAUGAAACUGGAUAGAGUGCAUAUCGUCGGUAUCUUGGAUAUCUGUAAUUUAGGUAACAACAAAGUGGAAGUCUACCUGCACAGGAUUUAUAGUCCAACUAAUACUUCUUAAAAAUUGGCAAAUGAAAUGAUUGCAGGUUAUAAGGAAGGCGCUGCUUUAAAGGUAAUCUGUCAUUUGGUUGGUAAUUUCAGUAACCGCUUUUCAGCAAGAAUAUUGCAUAAGCUCUAAAGUUAUCAAGUGGUCUUAUGUUUACCUUGUGUUUGGAGCUAAUGCAUUUCAUUUUAAAUUCAUUACUGAAAAGUUCAUCAAAACAAUUUUUGUGUAUCAAGAAAAUUUACCUAACUUCUAUUUAACUAUUAUCUUGACUUGUAAUAAUUUGUGUUCACUAUUCUAUUUGUGAAGUGUUUUUAUUCUAAAGCCUCAGCAUAAGGCAUCCUGACUUACAAGAGUAACUUCUGAACAUUUAACAUCCUUCUCCUUUUAUUCACCUAUAGUGGGAAAUUCUGAAUUGCUAAUUUGAAGAUUAAAUUCUCCUAAAGUGGUCAACCUGCAUUUCUCAUGGCUAUGGUGGUUACUGUCAUUUUCAAAAAGCACACAUGGAUUGUUAUGGUCCAGUUGCCUUGGUCCUUAGUUUGGUCAGCUGUACAAUGAGUGUGUUAAAUGGUCUUAAGGCUUUCCACUCUUUAUUGUGACUUAUUAUCCUUUGAAUUUCUAAAUGUUUUGACCAGUGUGUGAUCUUAAAGCCAGAGGCUACAGUAGGUACCUAUUUUUUCUGUCUUCAUUUGUAGUUUGGGUACAUGUAAUGUGAGUUUAAAUAGUGAAAUUUCAUCUCAUAUUAACAUUUUAAGUGUGUAUAUUGAAAAUAUAAAACAGUGACUAAGGGAGUUUUAUUCUGGUGAUCUAUUGUACUUCAUUUUAAACUGUAAAUCACCAUUCCACAUUUGCAAAGCCCUGUGAUUGACAUCUCUGUGUUUAGAUGACCAAAAUGACCAUCACGUGACUUAAAAAAGUAUUCAGUGUCAAGAUCAAUCUGAAUCUAGUUAAGCAAUUAUCUUGUGGGGUUUUCUUCUAGCCCUAUGGUUCUGUGACUUCAUAUGCUAUAUAUUUUAAAUGUUUUGGGCAGUUCGUGAAUCAAAAGACACAUGCUACACUUUGUUCAUAAGUGCAUUCAGCCUUUUGUUCCUUAUAAUUGUGUUUAAAUGUUAAUUAAA